UCCAGACGGACCUAUUUGCAGACGGAACCGGAAAGUGUCGACGGAUCACAACUUCCACACAUGUGUGUGGGAGAAAAUCAGCCUCAUUGCUUCAAGUCUUGUGGUAUUCCGUCACAAAGUUGACAUUAGUAACUUUAUUAUCACCAAAUAACCCGUAACAGCUGCGUGAACAAGAUGGCGGAGAUCGUUCAGCAGCGGAUCGAGGAGAUCCCUGAGUUAGAGCAGUUGGAGAGAGUGGGGCUCUUCACCAAGAAAGAAGUCAAAUCCAUAAUCAAAAGAGCCACAGCCCUUGAAUACAAGCUGCACAGGUUGAUUAUAAAUAAGGAGGACUUCAUUGCAUACAUCCAGUAUGAAAUCAAUGUUUUAGAGCUGAUCAAGAAGAGAAGAAUGCACAUACAUUACCAGUUCAAGAAAGAGGAGAUCGAAUUCCCCAUCAUCCAUAGAAUUAAUAGUGUCUUUAAAAGAGCAACAAAAAAAUGGAAGGAUGAUGUGCAGCUGUGGUUCUCACAUGCCGCUUUCUGCAAAAAAUGGGGUACCAAAGGCCAGAUCAGCAAAGUGUUCUCAGCCAUGCUUGCUAUACACCCCGACAAACCAGCUCUGUGGAUCAUGGCCGCCAAGAGUGAGCUGGAGGACAGAAGUUCCUCAGAAAGUGCCAGACACUUGUUUCUGAGGGCUCUGCGCUUCCAUCCAAACAACAAGAAAGUCUACCAGGAGUACUUCCGUAUGGAGCUGCUGCAUUGUGAGAAACUGAGGAAGCAGAAGAAAGACCUGGAGAAAGCGGAGAUGGACCUUGGGGAAUACGAGUUUUCUCCAGAGAUCCUGAGUGGAAAGCUGGCUGAGGUUGUGUAUAGAGAUGCUACAGGAAAAAUCAAUGAAGCAGAGUUUGUCAUCUCACUUCUGAACAUAGCAGCUAUCUUUGACUUCACCAAAGAACUCCAGGACUUCAUCCUGCAAGACCUGCAGGAUAACUACACAAAGGACAGCUUGACGUGGGACUUCAUGGCUAAGAGGGAGCUGGAGGCUCCGGGGGCCGGAGAGGAGCUGCACACAGCCAAGGGCCGGGCCUCAGAUAUCAACCGCAGAGAGGAGCGCUGCUGCCAGGUCUAUGAGGAGGGGGUCAAGAGCCUCAACACAGAGCCCAUGUGGACUUGCUAUGUGGCCUACUGCUGGGAAAGGCUGAAGAGGAAGACCAACGUCCAAGAGCUGAAGGAAAAGAGGCAGGAGAGGCAGCUGGGAGUGCUGCAGCGAGCGCACAACUCCUCACUGCUGAAGGAGGGCUAUUACACCAACUGGUUGAAGAUCCUGCUCUCAACUGGAGAUAAUGAGGGAGCAGCCACUGUUGCCAUGGCUGCCACGCAGCGCUACAGCCAAUCAGUUGCAGUGUGGAGCCUGAGUCUGCGGACGCUCAUGCAACUGGGGAGUGGAGACGUGGGCAGGUUAUUCCAAGAGGCUCUCACACACGUCAAUCCAAAGGAGAGUCUACCUCUCUGGCAGCUGCAGAUCCAGUGGAGCGUGACCAACCAGAGUCCUGAGGAGACAGAAGCUGUCUUCAAGAGAGGUCUGCUGUCUGCAGUACCGGCUGUUGCCAUGGAGAUGAAAGAGAGCUACCUUGAUUGGUCAUUCUCCACCGGAGGCUACAAGAAAGCUAGGAAGACCUUUACAAGCUUACAGGAAAACCGUCCCCUGUCCAAGGCCUUUUUCACCAUCAUGAUCAAGAUUGAGAAGGAACAAGAAACUCCAAAGAUGAACCAUCUGAGAGACUACUAUGAGAGGGCCCUGCAGGAGUUUGGUACCUCAGAUGACGAACUGUGGCUGCAGUACAUCCAGGAAGAAAUGGGAUCCUUAGGUCAGCCAGAGAACAGUGGCAAGAUCCACUGGAGAGCCAUGAAGUUUCUGGAGGGGGAGAGCGUGGAGAGGUUCACCUCCAAGUUUACUCUGAUGCAGACAGGACACUUAUGAGUGAACUAAAAAAGUAGUGUCGUAAGUUCACAUAGCUACAGCCAGUGUUCAUCAAUUGUGUAGACGUUUAUCAGCAGGUAGAUGGCCAAUGCUCUACCCAUCCUUGAAUUGUUUCAUUGCCUUCAGGCCUGUUAAAUAUUAUACAAUGGUUCCAGCAUGUUGGGUAAAAUAUUCCUGACUGGGCAGUUGGAUUUUGCAGCUGUAAUUUAAAACUUUCCAUUAUUAUUUACGACAGUUUGUUACCACAUUUGAUACCAGUCUGAUGUUGAUAGCAUGUAAUAUUGUAAGGAUUUCCAGUUUUAUAGAGUUCCACAUUUAUUUGAAAUGUUGUGAAGUCAAACUUGAUGCUGUUAUGAUAUUAAAACUUUCAGUCCGUC